GAUUAACUCUUUUUUCUUCUCUUCUCAACGCACAUUCUGUGAGCUUUUUUUCUAAGGAAUCUUCUGUUGCUUCGUAAGCUAGAAACACUGUUUGUUUUGGAUAAUUCCUGAAUAUCUAUCUCUACAGUAAGCUGUACCGUUAGGAAGGGAAAUAGGAAUGGGAGAUGAUAGUUACAUUAGAAGCUUGAAAGAAUUCUCCAUUCCGGAUUAUAUACUUGUGCCAGGAACUGAGAUCACAAAUGUUUCCCAUAUACCUUCAUGUCCUGUGAUUGUGUUUAUAAACACCAAAAGUGGUGGCCAGCUUGGAGGGGAGCUUCUUGUUACCUAUACUUCACUCCUUAACAAAAACCAGGUUUUUGAUUUGGGAGAAAAAGCUCCUGAUAAGGUGCUGCAUCAGCUUUAUGCUACUUUAGAAAAGCUCAAGCACAAUGGAGAUAGUUUCGCUGCUGAAAUUCAGAAUAGAUUGAGAAUAAUUGUUGCAGGUGGAGAUGGUACUGCUAGCUGGCUUCUUGGAGUGGUAUCUGACCUUAAAUUACCUCAGCCACCACCAAUUGCGACAGUGCCAUUGGGGACGGGAAAUAAUCUCCCCUUUGCAUUUGGAUGGGGAAAGAAAAAUCCAGCCACAGACCUCCAAUCAGUGGCGUGGUUCCUGAAUCAAGUAAGAGAUGCAAAAGAAAUGAAAAUAGACAGCUGGCAUAUUAUAAUGAGAAUGAGGGCUCCUAAAGAAGGUUCGUGUGACCCUAUUGCACCCCUUGAUCUGCCUCAUGCUAUGCAUGCAUUUCAGCGUGUCUCUUCAACAGAUAAACUAAACUUGGAAGGUUAUCACACUUACCGUGGGGGAUUUUGGAACUAUUUUAGCAUGGGAAUGGAUGCCCAAGUAUCGUAUGCAUUUCAUUCUGAGAGGAAGUUACAUCCAGAAAAGUUUAAAAACCAGUUAUAUAAUCAGAGUGCCUAUCUGAAGCUUGGAUGUACACAAGGAUGGUUCUUAGCUUCCCUGUUUCAAUCUUCUUCACGGAAUAUUGCUCAGCUGACAAAGGUUAAGAUAAUGAAAAAGCAAGGUCAGUGGGAAGACCUCCACAUACCUCGCAGCAUACGGUCAAUAGUUUGCCUAAACUUACCCAGCUUUUCCGGUGGACUCAAUCCUUGGGGAAAACCUAAUAGAAAGAAAUCAAUUUAUAGGGACCUGACUCUUCCCUUUGUGGAUGAUGGCCUAUUUGAGGUAGUCGGUUUUAGAGAUGCUUGGCAUGGUCUUGUUUUGCUCGCACCAAAUGGGCACGGGACUCGUUUGGCACAGGCAAGUAAAAUCCGUUUUGAGUUCCAUAAGGGUGCAGCUGACUGUACAUAUAUGAGAAUUGAUGGAGAACCAUGGAAACAACCCCUCCCAAAAUAUGAUGACACAAUUGUUGUUGAGAUAUCUCACCAUGGUCAAGUGAGCAUGCUUGCAACUCCAUUAUGCCGUUCUAAAAGUGUGCAUGAUCCCUCCUCACCCACCACAGACCAGGAAGAAGAAGAAAAUAGUGAUGAAGAAUCAUCGGAAAAUUGGGAAGAGCGUCGCAAGUUUGGGGCAGCUGAUACAUUCAAAUAUCCUGAUGGAAUUGAUAUAGCUCAUAUAAGUUAGUGUACAGAGGAGUAGCAUUGCUCAAUGUGUGGUAGUAAAAAGGCAACAAUGGUAGGAAUUAAAGGGAAAAGCAGUGAAAUAUUUGGUUUUCUUGAUAUAAUUUUCCUUACUCUUAAUUAUAGUGUACAGGGCUUUUGGGUUUGAGUACAUUUUGAUUAUAACAAAAUCCAUUUUUCCUUUCAAGAAUAAACGUGCGAAUGAAGUUACAACUGAAACAAGCUGCGGAUCUGGUGGGGUUUAUUUCUGGUGAUUGAAGUUACACAUACCUUAGCUCAGGUUUUGGGAAGUGGAGGUAUUAUUGUAAGUGAUAUCCUCAAAUCCUCGUAGGUUUUGUUCCUUGUGCAGAAAACCCAAUGAUUCCGCCAGCCAAA